AUGCGACUAAUUCUCUCCAGAUCCUCCUUCAGUGCAAUGCACCAGUUCCUGAUAGCAAUCCCCCUUUGCCAUGCACUAGUUGCAGAACCCUCCAUCCCCAAAGUCGACGUCGCCAUAAUCGGUGGUGGCCUAUCAGGACUCUCCGCCGCCAAAGAGCUCGCCGCAGCCAACAAAUCCUUCGUCGUCCUAGAAGCACGAGACCGAGUCGGUGGUCGCGUCCUCAAUGCCAACCUCGCCGGAAAGGACGUCCAAGAACUAGGCGGCGAAUACAUCGGACCAACGCAAAACCGCGUGCUGGCUCUCGCAGCCGAACUCGGCCUACCAACCUACAAAACAUACACAGAGGGGAACUCAACCUUCUACCGAAACGGCACGGCACGCCAUUAUAAAGAUAGCCUAGGCGGCAUUCCUCCCGUGGGACUCGACACCCUCGUUGAACUUGCAGUCUUCAUGACCGAUAUCAAUAAUCUAGCGAGCACGGUCGACCUGGAAGAACCAUGGAAUACGCCGAAUGCCACGGCGCUGGAUUCAAUGACUCUAGAAACAUACGUCAAGUCUAAACUAUCCACCGCUGACUCCCGCGUUCUCCUCGACGUCGCCAUCCCAGCCAUCCUAUCUACCGAAAUGAGAGAGCCAUCUCUGCUGUAUUCAUUGUGGUGUAUAGCCGCUGCCGGAGAUGAAACGGGGCCUGGGACCAUCAACCGUCUCAUUGGAGUCGACGGCGGUGCACAGGACAGUCGAGUGAGUGGUGGAACACAGUUACUGGCGACGUUACUGGCCGAGAGACUCGGUUUGAAAAACAUCUAUCUAAGCACACCCGUGCGCAAAGUCCAGCUCAAGGAAUCCCGCUAUCUAGUCUUGUCAGAUGAAAUCACCGUCUCAGCCCGACAUGUCGUCAUCGCCAUGUCCCCGUCUGUAGCAACCCGCAUUACAUUCGAUCCCCCGCUACCUGCCGGACGGGACCAGUUAAACCAGCGCAUGCCCAUGGGGGCACUUGGCAAAGCCAUUGCGAUCUACCCGAGCGCCUGGUGGCGGGACGAGGGGCUUAACGGGGAAGGCGUGAGUGAUACCGGAGCGAUCCGAGUGACCUAUGACAACUCGCCGGCGGAUGGAUCAUUCGGGGCGAUAAUGGGGUUCAUUGAGGCGGAUGAGAUGCGGAAGCUGGAUACUGCGAGUAAAGACGAGGUCAAGCGUCAGGUCAAGCAGAGUUUUGCUAAUCUUUUUGGUCCGCGUGUGGACAAUGCUACUGAUGUCCUCAUUCAGAGGUGGGAUCUUGAGGAGUUCUCCCGUGGCGGUCCUAGUGCUUUCAUGCCGCCGGGGGUUUUGACGCAGUAUGGGUCUUAUUUACGUGCUCCGGUUGGGAGGAUCCAUUUUGCUGGAACGGAGACUUCGCUAAGGUGGAUUGGGUAUAUAGAUGGGGCUAUUAGUUCGGGGGAAAGGGUUGCUGGGGAGAUACUGGAGAAUUGGUGA